AAUGUUCGGAUCGUCGGGAUUUGGCAAUAAAUCGAUGUUCGGAGGAUCGAAUAUUUCAACCUCGACAACUACUCCCGCUGCCAACACUACACAGAAUGAUGACUUUCUGGUUGAUGGAGCUCCAGAGGACACAAUUCAGGUCAUCAAGUUCAGCCCCACACCGCAAGAUAAACCAAUGCUGGCAUGCGGAUCUUGGGACGGUACAAUUCGAGUGUGGAUGUUCAAUGAUGCCAACACAUUCGAAGGAAAAGCACAGCAAAACAUUCCAGCUCCAAUUCUAGAUAUCGCCUGGAUUGAAGACAGUUCUAAAAUUUUCAUCGCAUGUGCUGACAAAGAAGCUCGUCUGUGGGACCUCGCUUCUAAUCAGGUUGCAGUUGUCGGAACACAUGAUGGACCAGUGAAGACUUGUCACUGGAUUAAUGGAAACAACUAUCAGUGUCUGAUGACCGGAUCAUUCGAUAAAACUCUUCGAUUUUGGGACAUGAAGAAUCUACCAAAUCAGACACAAAUGGCACAGAUUCAAUUACCGGAAAGAGUUUAUGCAGCCGAUGUGCUAUAUCCGAUGGCAGUUGUUGCACUAGCUAACAAGCAUAUCAAAGUUUAUAAUCUGGAAAAUGGACCAACAGAAGUGAAAGAUAUUGAAAGUCAAUUAAAGUUCCAGAUCAGAUGUAUCUCAAUUUUCAAGGAUAAAUCGAAUCAAAAUCCCGCUGGAUUCGCUCUAGGAUCUAUUGAAGGUCGAGUAGCUGUACAAUACGUGGAUGUUGCAAAUCCAAAAGACAACUUCACAUUCAAAUGUCAUCGAUCAGCUGAACUUGUGAACGGAUUUCAAGAAAUUUACGCUGUCAAUGAUAUUUGCUUCCAUCCACAACACGGAACUCUGGUCACAAUUGGUUCAGAUGGCCGUUAUUCAAUGUGGGACAAGGAUGCACGGACAAAGCUGAAGACAUCAGAACCACAUCCAAUGCCGUUGACAUGCUGUGAUGUUCAUAGUUCGGGUGCUUUCCUUGUCUAUGCAUUGGGCUAUGAUUGGAGUCGAGGUCACGAAGGAAACACUCAACCAGGAUCGAAAAUUGUAAUCCACAAAUGUAUCGAAGAUAUGAAACCACGACCGACUAAGAAAUAAUUGCUCAUUACCAGUAUUUUUAUUGUGGUACUUCACUAUUUUCCUAUUUUUAAUUUUAUUUAUAACUCCCUUUUUACAACACUUUUUCCUAAUUUCCUCGUUUUGUUUUCCAUUGGUUUUAAAUUCCCCGUUCAUUCAGAAUCUCAGAUGUUUGUACCUAAAAAAACGUGAAGCUUGGAUGACAGGAGAAUUUUUCCGCCGAAAGUGUUUCUCAAGCUUCAUCAAUUUUCAAUGAACCCCCACGUUUCGGCGAAAAACGAAUUCAGCAUCCAGUUGUUCACGUGGUUCACCCGUCAGAUAAAAGUUCCUUCAAUAAAAAAAGUCCCUCGU